AUGGGUGCCGCGAGAAAACCGAGAAUGCACACCCUUCCUUGCGUGCUCAUGCGAGCUGGGACAUCCAAAGGCCUGUUUAUCCACAGAAACGACCUCCCAACACAAGAAGAAGACUGGAGUCCGCACUUAAUCUCUGCUCUUGGCUCGCGCGGAUGCGAUCCUCGCCAGAUUGAUGGCAUCGGAGGCGGCACGUCGACCACCUCCAAAGUUGCCGUUGUCUCACCGUCGACACGCCCCGGGAUCGACGUCGAUUUUACAUUUGUGCAGGUUGCUGUUGGAAGGGAGUCUGCUGAUUUCAGCGGAAAUUGUGGCAAUAUGGUGUCUGGUGUUGGACCGUUUGCCGUGCAAGAAGGGCUGGUGAGACCGGCAAAGGGAGCAUCUGUUUGCAAAGUGAAGAUAUACAAUAUCAAUACAAAAAGAGUCAUUGUUGAGACGGUCGAGAUUGACCAAGACGGCCAGUACAGGGAAGACGGCGAGUACAACAUCCCUGGUGUCAGCACAAGCGGCAGCGAAAUCAAGGUGGCUUUCAUCGACCCCGCUGGAAGCAUGACGGGCAAACUAUUCCCAACAGGCCAACGCCAACAGGUACUUGCCGUGCAAGCCCGAAAACAUCACGACGGCUUCAAAGCCAAAGUUACGCUCAUCGACGCAGCCAAUCCAUUUGUCCUGAUUGAUGCAACGUCCAUAUCGCCGCUUCUGCAAAUCUGCUCCCCCGAGGAGCAAGACGAGCUCGUAGAGUCUAUUCGCAUCACCGGCGCUGUGCAGAUGGGCCUCGCUCGCGAUACAGCCGCGGCUUCCAAAACGCGCGGCACGCCAAAAGCGAUCCUCUUGUAUCCGCCCGUCUUUACACACAAAGGCGCGGCGGAUAUCCGAGUACUCUCAUACUCAAUGGGCAAGCCGCACCCCAGUCUCCAGCUGACAGGCGCGGUUGGUGUUGCUGCUGCGUUGCGGUCGGCGGGGACUGUCGCGGAACAGCUGUCGCGGGCUCCGGUCCUCGUGGGCGGUGAUGCUCCGCUCACACCAGAACGGACGCCAAGCCCAGCUGAUAUUGAUGAUGAUUUCGCAUUGAAAGGAACGGCAUCGAGUGAGGUGCGGAUUGAGCAUGCCGAGGGAGCCGUUUUGGUUGAGAUUAGGAUGGAAACGGAUGACAAUGGCGAAGAGCGCGUAGGAAGCUGUGCCGUUUCGAGGACCGCUCGUAGGCUUUUUGAAGGCAAAGUUCGAUACUACGUGUAA